AUGAUGUGUGCUGGCGACAUGCGAUCGGAGGAGAUGCUUAGUCCGUGCAUGGCCGUGCCAGGUGCACCUUUAGUUGUGGAAGGCAAUUUGGUUGGGUUGCAGUCCUGGGGCUUCGGUUGUGGCUACGUUAACGAUCAUCCACUUGUCUACACCAGUUUGACUGUGUACCAGCCUUGGCUUGUCCACAAUAUUCCGAUUCUCCGGCAAAUACAACGAACUCAAUUAUCAAGUUUAUUUCAGGCGACAAAAGCGAGUUAUCUGAGCCAAUGGCUUCUCAAAACCAGAGUAAAUGUGCCUGCCUUUAAAAUGCCUUUGUUAGAUGUGCUACGACCAUUAGACGUAGAUACAGACCUGGUGAAACUGAAUGGUACUAUUACAGAUAUAAGAGAUUAUAUUUUCGAUUAUAAAUAUAAGAAUCAAAAGAGACUAAUGUAUGGUGAAUUGAAAAAUCAUUUAAAAAUACAAGAUGUUCAUGAAACAUAUCAAAAUAGCCAGGUUUUACGCGCUAGUCCCUUUUUGAACGACAGUGUAUUGAAUGAUAUGGGUUUGUCUCAAAGCAACGGGACUCUGAUCGAAGUGGGAAAAUCGGAAGAAGAUUCCUAUUAUAAAGAGCUUACGUCCAAAGAUUCGACGGAAUCAAAUCGAAUUAAUAACCAAAACACGGAAUUUGACUCAUUUUAUCAGACUGAAGCAAAACCCUCCGUUUAUUUUUAG